GAGUUCCCAUGAAGUGAGGGCUAUCCUGGCUGUUAUCUCCCUCUUUCCUUUAACCUCCUCUUGUCUCCAGGAUGGUGUGUGUCUGGCUCCCCAAGGGCAUCUGGAUAGGAGUUCUGGCUGUGCCCCUGCUGGUGCUGGUUUCCCAGGUGGUUGCAGGCAGACAGGUCCCAGGGCACUUCACAGAGUAUUCUACAUCUGAGUGUUACUUUGAGAACGGGACUGAGCGCGUGCGGUUUGUGGAGAGACACAUCAGCAACGGGGUAGAGACUGUGCGCUUCGACAGCGACAUCGGGGAGUACGUGGCGGUGACGGAGCUGGGGCGGCCUGAUGCUGAGCUUUGGAACAGCCAGAAGGAUUCCAUGGAGCAGAGACGGGCCGCUGUGGACACUUUCUGCAGGCACAACUACAAGUUGUCUGAGAGCUUCCUAGUGCCCCGGCGCGUUGAGCCUGAGGUGACUGUGUAUCCAUCCAAGAUGGCUCCCCUGGGACACCACAACCUGCUUCUCUGCUCUGUCACUGGUUUCUACCCUGGGGACGUUGAGGUCAGGUGGCUCCUGAAUGGGCAGGAGGAGACAGCUGGGGUUGUGUCCACAGGCCUGAUCAGCAAUGGAGACUGGACCUACCAGGUCCUGGUGAUGCUGGAGAUGACCCCCAGGCAUGGGGAUGUCUACACCUGCCACGUGGAGCACUCCAGCCUGCAGAGACCUGUCACCUUGGACUGGAAAGCACAGUCUGGAUCUGCCCAGAGCAAGAUGCUGAGUGGAGUCGGGGGCCUCGUGCUGGGACUGAUCUUCUUUGGGGGUGGCCUUGUUGUCCACAGAAGGAGCCAGAAAGGAAAUCAGGUUUCACAGCCAGCAGGGCUCCUGAGGUGAUCGCUGAGGCUGUGUCCCCUGGAGCUGCUGCCUCCCCUUCAGCCUCCCCCCCCACGUUUUGGAGGCCCCUGCUUGUGCCAGCUCUCCCAGGAUCUUAGCCCUGCUGACCCCCCUUCCCUGGAGUGGCUCCUUGCCUGUGCCUUGGGCUGUCUGGACUCUUUGGCAUUUCCCAAUAGAGCCUUCAGUGACCCCCCUCCUCUUCCUAUGUUCCUGUACCCAUGUUUUAUCCAUUUUUGUCUCCUGAGCCUUCACCCUAAUAAUUAGAAGAGUGAGAAUCACCUGGUGCUUAGUGACAUGGAGACAAGGUUGGGGAACAGAGGGAUUUGUGUAACCUCUCUGUAUGUGAAAGGCCUGAAGAUUGUGAUCCAUCCACACCUUUGCAUCCACAUGGCCUCUUGUCCAGGCCCCUCCAUUAUUAUUAGGUAACACUUCUCCCCUUGGCCACAUUUAUGAAAUCUACUUCCAGCCAUUUCCUGGGCCUUUGGUAACAGUUUGUUAGAUUUUUAUUAGUGACAGUAACUGAGCCUUAUCUAAGAUCCCCCCUGAAUUGGUGCUUUUUGGGGGUAAAUAGAAGGAAAUUAAUUUUUUUUAAUUACCAUACCAUUUACCCAUACUGCUUAGCAGGAAAUGCUUUUUGAAUGAGUGAUACUUGUGGUCAGUCCAUUGCCAUGCAAGGGGUGGGCCUGCCCAGCACUUCCCAUUUCCUAAUGAAGUUUAUGGGUGACCAUUCUUGACCAGCAGAAGAAAUGUCUGGAAACUGAAGGGGAGCUGGUAGUGGUAGAGUGGCUUGUUAAUUCUGUCAAUCAGGGCUGCCAGCCAAUUAGCUUGGGGCUGUGUGUGUGUGUGUGUGUGUGUGUGUGUGUGUGUGUGUGUGACUGCCCUGUUUCCUGUGAGAGAGCAAG